CUCGGAAACAGAGAAAGCAGACCGAAGAAACGACCAUCACCGCCAGGCUGCUUGGAACCCAAGUCAAGGACUCAAGAAAAAACAAACCCAGAAGCAAAAGGUCACUUUCAGGCAUAAGUUGGAGAUUUGGUUGAAUUGAUUUGUUAGAUAUCUGGUGCAGAAGUUAAGAAAAAGCAGCUCCAAUGGAUCAUCGUCAUCGUCAUGCUCUUGGUGUUGUGUUCAUGUUAGUUUUACUCUCACUUCCCCACGAUUGCAUGCCUUGGAAUUUUUUCGGGUCAGGGAAAACCGAGAGCCCGUUCACUGAAAGCUAUUCAAAGGCUAAGGCAAUUUCCGGUGAUGUUAUUGCUGAAUUCUCCAUGGAAGCCCUCAAUGACCAGAAGGGGAUCGAAAGGGUGGACAAAGCUAGAAGAAAGUUGGCGGGGGGCGGCUCCAACACCUGUUGGCAAAAUGCUUAUGAGAGUCUCUUUGCUGGGUGUUCUGAGAUUAUCCCUGAUGACAAGAAGAGAAGGAGAUUUGCUUGGCUUCUCAGUGAUUGCUUUCAGAAGGAUUCGGGGGGCCACGCUUUUCCUUCUUGUGAUACUCGCUCUGAUUCUGAUGUGAAGAAGUGUCUGCAGAAAUUGGAUGAAGAAGCUCGAAGCACAUAUCUCGCCUUUUUCCUCGAAACCAACUCAAUCUGCCAUCAUUUACAAGCCGAUGCUUUUAAGCGUGGAACGGAAAGAUUAGUGAAUGACUUGAGGAAAUCAGCCCAAUUUGCAGAAGAGAAGUUGGAAAACAUAGAGGAGAGGUCGGAAAAUCUGUUGCAGAGCUCGAAAGAGAUCCAUGACUCCUUGACUUGGAUCGAUCUCCGAACCCAACAAGUGGCUCGAGCUUCUAAGAAUGUGGAAGACAAUAUUGAUACCGUGUUGAAGCAUUCAGAGGCAGUUUUUGAGCAAUCCAAGGGAAUUGCAGCUUCACAAUUGGAGCUUCAAGAAGGACAAGUGAAAAUGAAGGACAAAUUCGAGGAAGGGAUGGCAAUGAUUCAGGGCUCUUACAACAACCUAGGCCUAGAAAUCGAUAAGUUAAGGAAUGAUGCUGUUGAGAUAGAAAAUGAGAUAAGUAGAGUUGGUAAUACAAUGACUUUGAAGAUGGAAAAUCUGCAGAGCAGAGCUGAUGAUAUUGGGGAAGUGGCAGGGCAGUCAUUAGAUAAGCAGAAACAGCUUCUAGACGGGCAAUCAACUGCCCUUGAAGGCCUUCAGUUUCUAACUAAAUUCCAGUCUCAAGCCCUGGAAGAGAGCAGGGCUACUCUGCAGCGCUUAGCUGAAUUUGGGCAUAAACAACAGGAAGAGCUUCUUCAGAGGCAAGAAAUCCUUCAACAAGCCCAUGACCACUUGGUAGAAAACUCAAAAUCGAUGCUGGCAGCUCAGGAAGCUUUUGAAUCAAAGCAAGCAAGCAUGUUCAUUGCCUUGGAUAAGCUCUUCACUUUGCACAAUGCCAUGUUGCUCGAAUCCCGAUCAAUCAAAGCCUUCUUCAUAUACUCCUUAUCAAUUUUUAUCCUCUACAUGCUCACCAGUACAAAGCAAACAUAUACUGUGAGACCAAGGCUUUACAUUGGGCUUUGUGCUACAUUCCUGAUUGAAUUUGCAAUUCUUCGGUUCUCAACUUAUGACAUUGCGCAACAGACACAGAUAAUCAACAUGAUCAGGUCAAUCUUUGCGAUUGUUUCUUCAAUCCAGCUCCUUCAUGCCAUCUGUACAUUCAGGGAUUAUGAAGUGCUGAACCAUCAGAUGCUGCUAACACUAAUGGAAAAGGUUAAUGGUAUGCAAAGAAACAUAGACUACUCGGCCUGUGUCAUGGAGGAUAGCGAUUUAGAUUGGUCUACAUGGAUCGAUAAUGACUUGCCCGAAGAUGUGGACAUUGUCAAAGAUCCUGAUUUUAUACUUCAGGAAGAAAUUGGCGAGAAUUCCAUUACAACAACUUCAAUUACAAGAAAGUAUAAUCUUCGAAACCGCCUUCGUCAGUGAUGAUUUCUUGGUGAUUUUCUUAGCUGGUACCUAAUUUUUCAGUUGUUUGAGUUUGUAUAAUUUUAUGAGACAGCAACAUAUAGGUGAAGACUCUAUAUAAAUGUAUGAUUGUUUGGCUGCCCAGAAAGAAGGGUAGGGAAAGAGAAAGGAAAGAAAAUUCUGAAAGCUCAGCAAAAUCUGUCUACAAGCAAAUUUGGCUGACACCGGAUAUUUCACAUUUGGAUUAUUGGCGUGUGUGUGUUU